AAAAAGGAUAUCUACGGAAAUUGAUUGACGAUAGCUAUAUGUUAUUUAGUCAGCUGGAUAACGUUAGUUUUGGAAAGUGACAUUAUUUUCCAGGAGAAAGUACAUCACUGGUAGGCACCAAUGUAAGUUAGAUGAGUUAGCUAUUUAGACAGUCCUUUAUACAAAAGCAACGUAACGAGCGUUACCCUGGCCUGAGCUGUUCAAUCACUGAGACCGACAGCUCUAGGCUAGCUAGCUAACGUUAGAUGGCGCAGCCGUCAACAAACGACGUUACCAGACAUUAGAUAGCCUACGACGUUACCAGAUUUUUCUGUUAGGCAUGUAUGUAACUUGAUAUAAACUACAAGAAGGGGUUCCCGCUGCUUUUAGGCGCUUCACACUGCCGACUUUGUCUGGUUCGAUAGACAAGUUAGCUAGCUACCUAGCUAGCUUCCUUGGAUAGCAUGAGUAACUUGAAUAUCUCAUACAGUAAUCAAGGCAAAACGAUGGCAUCUCAAGGCGCGUGUCGCAGUGGGACAGGUGUCUUUUACCAAGCGAUGCCAGCUGUGGGAACUGAUGGGAGAAAUGUUAUGAAACUGAUCCCUGUUCAAAAAGUAAACGGACAGUUUGUUCGAUCACCAACAAGCACUAUGAAGGACAUCGCUGAACCUCAACGAGAUCUUACCUUGGACGUGCCAUCAAUUUCAAAGAUUAACAUGUGUACUUUGGGACCCACAGCUAAAGGACAAUCGGUGAAUAAAAGGCAAUUUUACAUGAGUACCUCUCAAAAUCCAACCAAUCUGACAGGAAUAUAUAAAUCGGUGAGCAUCCAGACUCCUAUAGUAACAACAAAAGUGCGUCAGCCCCAAAGUGCGUUAUCCUUGACAUCACCUGAGCUAACACUUUUGAAUAAGGAUCAGCUGCCAGUCACUGUGAAAUCUCCAGUGCUUCCAAAUGGACAAUACCUUCAAAUUCCUCCUAAUGCUCAAGUGAAAACCCUUCCAGCAUCCGCACUCCCCCCAGCCAUAAAGAGACAGAUAUUUACUUCAUCAACGAGCUGUGCCUCAAAUUCGAAUUUGCCAAUGGUUCUGUAUGUGUCCCCUGUCCAAACCAUGAAACCGGGUGGUACUCCAUUAUGUCCAACAUCUCAGAAGGCACCCCUCUCCCUCAGCCGACUUCCAAGGUCAUCUGGCCAGACACAUUCUACAUGCUCUUCAUCAGGCUCAACACCAUGUUCUACUACUGCUAAGGAUAUUAAAAGACCGGUCACUCCUCUUAAGUGGGUGAUUGAGGAGACAGAUGGCUCACCUGCUCCAUGCCUUGUUCCUGUGAAUUCCUCUUCUAUGACCUCAGAUAUUUUGAAAACUCUGGCAGAGAUGGAAAAAGCCACCAAACCCUGUGAAAACACAGCAAAAAAGUGUUCACCUUCCCAAGAGAGUCAGACAAAAAUUGGCCAAGAGAAGGACAAUGCCUUAGUGAUGUACAAUGGGAAGGUGUAUUUUGUGGCCAAGAAAACUCCUGAGCUUUGUAACCGACCAUCAAAGCCCUUGGAGGCCAGUAGGAACAUGGGUGACUCCACCACACAGGCAGCAGAAAGUGUUAGAUUCAAUCAGAGAAUCAGCUUACCGCCCUCCCUACCCUUAAGCUCCUCACUUGGAUCACAAUUGUCAAAUAAAACCAGACCAGAUCCUAAACACAUUGUUAUACCAGAUGACAUCAUUGACCUCUGUGACGAUGAUCCCCAAGAUGACCUUACAUACCAGGCAAUAUCAACAAGGGACGUAACAAGGCAACCUUUAAGACAGUCUGAAGUCGAUGAGGACGAAGACUCCAAUGUAAUAUUUGUCUCAUACCUUCCACCCAAAACAGUGUCUAAAGUAGCUGAAGAAGACAAAGAAAUGGCUCAUAUGCUGAAUGACUUGGAAGCUGAACAAGAAGUGUUAUGCAGUCAAGAUCAUUUGAAUGGCCAGAUAGUGGAUAGUCAGAACAAAGUAUCUGGCCUGUCAAUAGAAAAGUGUCAGAGCGUUGCCACUGCCCAAGACAUGGCAGGCUGUCAAGGUAGUGCAACAGGCCAAGAGUUGAACUCCCGCCAGCAUAACAUCACUGGUCAGUAUAGGAAAAUUCUUCAAAGAUUUCAUGGCCGUGCAACUGGAAUCCGAAUAGAGAACAUUCAGGGUAAUGCCACUAGCAAGGAAAUGGGAAGCAGUCAUCCCAGUGCCUCAACCCAAGAAAUGGGGAAUGUCCAGGAUGAUGCCACUGACCAGGGAAUCGGAAACAGCCAGCACCAUCCUGCCACGCAAGAAAUGGACAACAUAACUGGAAGUACCUCUCUCCAAACAGAAAUGGAGACUCACAAGGAAAAGAGCUCAUCCGAUCCCAUCCCUGAGCAGCGGACUUCUGUGUUGGACAUGGAAUCCUUGGAAAGUUGUGAUCGCCUGCUGAAACAGAUGUUUGGGAUCACAUCUGAUGUGAAAAUAUGUUUGGAGAGGGUUGACGCUAAACCCAAGGCUAUCCCUAAGGUGUUUCCUCGGAUUGGGACCACAAACAAACGUACCAUAGAGGCUAUUCGCAAAUUGUUACAGGGAUCAAACAUUUUGAUAAAAAAGAGGGAACACAAGGAAACAGAGGUCUCUGCAACUAGGAAGGAUGGUAGUUGCCCAAUAGAUGCUAAAAGACUGAAAAUAGAAAAAGUAAAAAAUCCAUCUGAAAGUUCAGAAAACACAGAGACCCUCACCAGCCCAACUCCUCAGCUGGAAAUGCAGCCCCUCACCAGCCCAACUCCUCAGCUGGAAAUGCAGCCCCUCACCAGCCCAACUCCUCAGCUGGAAAUGCAGCCCCUCACCAGCCCAACUCCUCAGCUGGAAAUGCAGCCCCUCACCAGCCCAACUCCUCAGCUGGAAAUGCAGCCCCUCACCAGCCCAACUCCUCAGCUGGAAAUGCAGCCCCUCACCAGCCCAACUCCUCAGCUGGAAAUGCAGCCCCUCACCAGCCCAAGUCCUCAGUUGGAAAUGCAGCCCCUCACCAGUCCAAUUCUUCAGCUGGAAAUGCAGCCCCUCACCAGUCCAAGUCCUCAGUUGAAAAUGCAGCCCCUCACCAGUCCAAGUCCUCAGUUGAAAAUGCAGCCCCUCACCAGCCCAACUCCUCAGCUGGAAAUGCAGCCCCUCACCAGCCCAACUCCUCAGCUGGAAAUGCAGCCCCUCACCAGCCCAACUCCUCAGCUGGAAAUGCAGCCCCUCACCAGCCCAACUCCUCAGCUGGAAAUGCAGCCCCUCACCAGCCCAACUCCUCAGCUGGAAAUGCAGCCCCUCACCAGCCCAACUCAUCAGCUGGAAAUGCAGCCCCUCACCAGCCUAACUCCUCAGCUGGAAAUGCAGCCCCUCACCAGCCCAACUCCUCAGUUGAAAAUGCAGCCCCUCACCAGCCCAACUCCUCAGCUGGAAAUGCAGCCCCUCACCAAUCCAAGUCCUCAGCUAGACAUCUUAUCUGAUGCUGAACAUAUAUUUGGCUAUGAGGAACCGACUGUCAAUGAUCUAAUUUCCACCGCAGUUGAAACGGGGUUCCCUUCCCAACCUCUGCCAGAAAUCAAUCCAGUACAUAUUUCAAAAAGAAGCUCAAACUCACCCGUUCCAUUUGUCCACCCACAAACAAACGCUGAAGCUAUGAAUUGCGCUCCUGGGCCCCUCUGUGGCACAGCAAGCAACAUAAAGCCGAACUCUAGAAGAAGAAGGGGAAAAGGGAAAAGAUGCACAGCAUGUCCAUGUGGGGUGACUGGAACACUAGUACAAGAGAAAGCAAUGAGCUCAUCAUCCACUUCACAAAAGGAGCCUAGUUCAUCUAAACCACCAAACACCAGGUACUCAGGGUGCAGUACCAGUGCAAUUGCAAAAUCAGCUAAACGAAAGGGUAGAAAGUCCACAAAGGCUCAAAUGGAUGAUAAAGAGCUAACAUCUGUGGAGAUCCAAUGUCCUUCAACUGUGAGUGAGCAGGGAAGUAGUACAGCUGGAGAGAUCCCAACCAGUUAUCUCUGCUCUACAGCACUCAUGGACCCUGAAGAAAUCAAGCGUCAUGAGAGAAUCAAACGACUGAAAGAACUCUUGAAGGAGAAGGAGGCUGCUCUUGCAAUGAUUAGAAAGAACAUGGGCUGAGUUGGACUGAAUUGCUUUCCAAAUUCCAAUGUAUUGCAUUGCAUAACUUCAGCUUGUAGAACUCUUAUUUUAAUUGUCAUAUUUACAGUUCAUUCGGAAAGUAUUCAGACCCGUUUACUUUUUCCACAUUUUGUUACGUUACAGCCUUAUUCUAAAGUUGAUUUAAAUAAAUAUAAAUCCUCA